AUGAACCUUUCGUCCUUUCUCUUACAGUACAUUGAUGCUCGUUUUCCAUACUACCGUAACUGUGAUCCAAAAAGACGUCAAGGAUGGCAGAAUAGCAUCAGGCAUAAUCUGUCCUUAAACGACUGCUUUAUCAAGAAGGCGCGUGAUGGCAUUGGACCGGCAAAUGAUCGUAAGGGAAAUUUCUGGACGUUAUCACCAGAUAGUGUCAAUAUGUUUGAUAAUGGGAAUUUCAAGAGGAGGCGACGAAUGAGGCGUGCGACAAGAUGCACUGGCGCAGAAGACAAAACGUUGAAUUUACAACCCUGGUUCUUACAGUAUAUGCAAAGACAGGCGCAACAACAACUUUUGGUUCACCCUCCGACAAUGUUCCAUUUACCGGACAACUAUGGACCAACAGGAAACAUUUGUUGGGCUACUCCACCAGCACAAAUCAUGGAACAAAAGACUAUAUUACAUAGCAGUCCACCCGUACUGCCUCCAACUAUUCAUCCAUCACCAACAAUUAUUUAUCGAAGUUCUGACGAAGUUCCAGGAGCUUGGACAAACACACUUAUUCAACAACAGCAAGAGCAAUUGCUUCCACCCAUGCAAAUAUUAGAACAUCCACCUAGUACCACCUAUGAAAAACUGGACGAAUAUCCAUCUUAA